AUGUUUCAGUUCUUUGCACCAAAGCCUACACCGAUCCCCGAAGCGGGUAGCCCUACCACCGGCAACGCAUCCCGUCAAGCAACUAGAAACGAGGAAGCGACGACAUACAGCAUCGAUAUUUCGUCUCUGGUGCCUGCUUCUGAAACGUUACCGCCAAUUUACUUUCAAGCGAAGUUGUCCAUCGCAGCACCAAAGCCUACAUCGAUCCCCUUAGCGGGUAGCCCUACCACCGGCAACGCAUCCCGUCAAGUAACUAGAAACGAGGAAGCGACGACAUCUAGCUCUGAUCUUUCGUCACCGAAGUCUGCUUCUGAAGUGUCGCCGAAAAUAUCCGUUAAAGAGAAAGUCGCCCAGCAUAAGACCAUCUUGAAAGUGUCCACAGCAGAUCCUCAAGAAAUGUCUCCCAACAAUGGCGAAAAGGAGCAUCGCCCUCUUGGAACUUCGCCUGAAAAUGACCUGAAUGUUACCACCACAACACCAAAGCCUACAUCGAUCUCCGUAGCGGGUAGCCCUACAACCGGCAACGCAUCCCGUCAAGUAACUAGAAACGAGGAAGCGACGACAUCUAGCCCUUAUCUUUCGCCACCGGAGUCUGCUUCUGAAGUGUCGCCGGAAAUAUCCGGUAAAGAGAAAGUCACCCAGCAUGAGAAUUUCGUGAAAGUGUCCACAGCAGAUCCUCAAGAAAUGUCUCCCAACAAUGGCGAAAAGGAGCAUCGCCACCUUGGAACUUCGCCUGAAAAUGACCUGAAUGUUACCAACACAACACCAACGCCUACAUCGAUCCCCUUAGCGGGUAGCCCUACCACCGGCAACGCAUCCCGUCAAGCAACUGGAAACGAGGAAGCGACGACAUCUAGCUCUGAUCUUUCGUCACCGGAGUCUGCUUCUGUAGUGUCGCCGAAAACAUCCGUUAAAGAGAAAGUCGCCCAGCAUGAGAACUUCGUGGAAGUGUCCACAGCAGAUCCUCAAGAAAUGUCUCCCAACAACAACGAAAAGGAGCAUCGCCAUCUUGAAACUUCGUCUGGAAAUGACCUGAAUGUUACCACCACAACACCAAAGCCUACAUCGAUCUCCGUAGCGGGUAGCCCUACCACCGGCAACGCAUCCCGUCAAGCAACUGGAAACGACGAAGCGACGACAUCUAGCUCUGAUCUUUCGUCACCGGAGUCUGCUUCUGAAGUGUCGCCGAAAAUAUCCGGUAAAGAGAAAGUCACUCAGCAUGAGAACUUCUUGAAAGUGUCCACAGCAGCACCAAAGCCUACAUCGAUCCCCUUAGCGGGUAGCCCUACCACCGGCAACGCAUCCCGUCAAGCAACUGGAAACGAGGAAGCGACGACAUCUAGUUCUAAUCUUUCGUCACCGGAGUCUGCUUCUGAAGUGUCGCCGGAAAUAUCCGGUAAAGAGAAAGUCACCCAGCAUGAGGACUUCGUGAAAGUGUCCACAGCAGAACCAAAGCCUACAUCGAUCCCCUUAGCGGGUAGCCCUACCACCGGCAACGCAUCCCGUCAAGCAACUAGAAACGAGGAAGCGACGACAUCUAGCUCUAAUCUUUCGUCACCGGAGUCUGCUUCUGAAGUGUCGCCGGAAAUAUCCGUUAAAGAGAAAGUCACCCAGCCUAAGAACUUCUUGAAAGUGUCCAACAGCAGGUGA